GAGCACGUGAGACAGGGAGGCGUCUCCAACUCACAACACAGGAGGGCCGGAUCAAGAGGACACGAACGGAGAUGCCAGGGAAAGGAGUAUUAAAGGGCAGCGCUGGGACUGAUAAAACUGUCUCCAAAGAAAGAAAAAGGCUCAAAUGAGUAGUGAUAUAGCAGCGAUCGCUUACGCUGUGAAGUACCCGUACCCCACAACCGCAAGGAUAAGUUACCCAGACUUUCGGCAGCAGCUGCGGUCGGCUCAUCUCUGAAGACGAGCGCAGGGGUUUCUAGGUUCGCUCCAGCGCUAUUACUUGAAAUUCCGAAACGAACGGCUGUGGGUAACUGCUUUCAGCACCUCCGACAAGGACAGCUCCCGUCGCCUAUUCUGCCUCAACCAGGCACCGCACACCUCGUCCAGUUUUGCGCUCAAAUGAACACCCCGGUGAAGCUGUAGCCUGAUUGUUUAACUUAUAGGAUCUGCCUGGGCGGGGUGGAAACGUCGUUUCACCUUCUACUUCUCAAUAUGUACCAGGGGCACUUACAGGGGAAAGGCUCUAGGGCUGCAGAUAAGGCUGUUGCCAUGGUGAUGAAGGAGAUACCAAGUAAGGAACCUACAGAAGGAAAACCCCGCCUCACAGUGACAUCCCAGCUGGUGAAUGAACAGCAGGAAAGCAGACCCCUUCUGAGCCCCUCCAUAGAUGACUUUUUGUGUGAAACUAAAUGUGACGGUACUCCAAGGGCAGUAACGUCGAAUACAGCAGUGCUUUCACCAGGCUUAGAUCUGCUAGAUUUGAGUGAACCAACGGUCAAAAAUCAAACAAAAUGCAAAAAAAAUGAGCUGAGUUUGAGAAGCGAAGGGUCAAAAGGACCAUCUCACCGAAGGAAAACUGAAGAGACCGAAUUGAUCAAAGUAGACAUUGAACAAAGUGUACACAGUUCCCGAACACCAGAGAGAAUAUCCCUGGAUUCCGUUAAUAUACCAGCACCUUUAGAAAAAUGGGAAGAAGUAAAUUCACAUGUGGAGCGCAAUGGUAGCAGAAAGUGGAAACUGGAAAGGAGACGUUCUUCUAAAAAUACGUCAAGUGAGUUAUUAUGGUUAACAGAAAACAGAACACAAAGCGAAUUGGCAACAAAGAGCUCCUUAGAAGUUAUUUCUGCUGUAGACGGAGAGCCAGCAUCUCAGGGUCAUUUAGGGAAAGAGCAACGCUGGGGAAGUUCACUUCUGUCCAGAAACCAGUCCUUAGAAGAAGAAUUUGAAAGAGCAAAAGCAGCUGUAGAGUCUGACACUGAAUUCUGGGAUAAGAUGCAGGCAGAAUGGGAAGAACUGGCGCGUAGAAACUGGCUGACAGAAAACCAGAAGUCUCCGAUUCCAUCUUGCAUCUCCUUGCAUGAAAAAGGUUACUACUUUAAUACAGACAACCCAUUUAAAGACUGGCCCAAUGCCUUUGAAGAAGCAGUAAGGAAAGUCAAAGAAGGAGACCUGCCCAAUGCAAUUUUGCUUCUAGAGUCAGCAAUUCUUCAAGACCCCCAUGAUUCAGAGGCCUGGCAAGUGCUAGGAACCACACAGGCAGAGAAUGAAAAUGAACAGGCUGCAAUUGUUGCCCUCCAAAGGUGUCUUGAAUUGCAUCCCAAUAACCUUGAGGCUCUAAUGGCUCUGGCAGUAAGCCUCACAAAUACAGGCCUGCAGCAGGAAGCUUGCGAAGCUUUGCGGAACUGGAUCAUGCAUAACCCAAAAUACAAGAGACUGGCAAAAACCAAAGCCGGGUCUCCCAGCUCUGCCCGCAGGAUGUCCCACAUAUCAGCAACCAGCAGCUCAUUCCUUUCUGAAGUGAAGGAUCUAUAUUUGGAAGCAGCCCGGCAGAACCCGGAUAUUAUUGACCCGGACUUACAAACAGGCCUAGGAGUGCUUUUCAACUUGAGCUCAGAGUUCAAUCGAGCUGUGGAUGCCUUUAAUGCUGCACUUGCUGUCAGGCCUGAGGAUUAUUUGCUGUGGAAUCGACUUGGUGCCACACUGGCGAAUGGAGAUCGUAGUGAAGAAGCAGUUGAGGCCUAUACCAGGGCUCUAGAUAUUCAACCUGGGUUCAUUAGGUCAAGAUACAACCUGGGGAUCAGCUGCAUCAACUUGGGGGCAUACAGGGAAGCAGCCAGUAAUUUUCUCACUGCCUUGAGUCUGCAAAGAAAGAGCAGAAGUCGACAAUUGUCCCACCAGGUCAUGUCAGGCAAUAUCUGGGCUGCACUGAGGAUAGCCCUUUCCAUGCUGGAUCAGCCUGAACUUUUCCAAGCUGCUAAUGCAGGAGACUUGGAUUUGCUCAUGAGAGCCUUUAAUCUAGACAUGUGAAAGCAGUAUUUGUUGUUUCUUUAUAUUCUGUUUUUCUAGGAAUUUUAAAUCCAAAGUUGGUUAGAAAAAUGCAUAUUGCACGGUUUAGCACUGGGAAUUUGUAUCCAAUCUGCCGAAGAAAACCAUCAUUCUGGGUUACUGCCAGAUAAAAAGAAAUACAAUUCAAAAUGGAAAGGAGCACUUUCCUAAUUUUUAGGAAAGAACAUGGAAGCUCCAGCUGAAGCAGAUUGAACAAGAAUGCCUUAGACAAAAAUCCCACAGAAAUUUUAAUAGAACUGGGAUACAGUAACUGGGGACUGAAAGCAAAAUGUCUACACAAAAGUUCUGAAUAGUUACAUUUCAGUCGCAUGUAGACUUAUUUGACCAUACGAUCUGAAAUGUCCCAGGGAUAUCAAUAGUGCACUCCUCAGAGAAAAGAAAAAAAAAAACA